CAACUACAUUGUACUUGAUAUAAGCGGACGUAUCGACUCUCUGUGCUAGCAUGUAAACUCGGGUAUAGCUCUCGAUAAACCACAUUUUCCAGCAUGGAUGAUGAAAAUAAAUUGACAUGUAAAAGAGUCAAGUUGGAUCCGUCCGAUCGUCACCUGAAUUUCUCCAUUUCUCCUGAGGAGUGUGAAAUGCUGUCAGUGAAGAAGCCAAAGAUUCCAAGAGACCCAAUGUCACAUAGGAUUAUUGAGAAGAGGAGGCGGGACAGAAUGAACAACUGUCUUGCAGACCUCAGUCGACUGAUACCUGCAAAUUAUUUAAAACAGGGACAAGGUCGUAUUGAGAAGACAGAGAUUAUUGAAAUGGCCACACGACACAUCACCCAUCUCCAGAAUUUAAACAAAUUGUUUGGGGAAAAUGAAGAUAUGAUGAGCCAUGACAAAAAGCAGCAGUGUUGUAAGGGCAAGUUCUAUCUGGGUUUCAAGGAUUGCCAGGAUGAAGUGAUGCGAUUCUUUGUGGAACAGGAAGGCUGGGAAGCCAAUGAUCCUCUGUGUUGUAAAAUUAUGUUACACCUAAGCCAAACAAGUAACAAGUUCAUCAGUUCAGCUUCAGGUAAAGCCACUGCCCCAUGUGACAUGGAGGAUGUUAUUGUCACUGAUGAGUGUAGCAAUCAAAGCUUUUCACUGCCAGAUCAGAGCUCCUAUAUGACUGACUCUAAUAAACAUUCAAAGUCUUCAGAAAAGACUAUUUCCAAACAUGGGGAUAAUGUUGAAGAUUAUAGAAUAGAAUACCAACAUCCAAACAAAAGCUUCAGGACAUUACUUAAGCCUAAAGAUUCUUGCUCGGAUACUUCAUAUGAUACUUUUGUGUCAUAUGAUAGGGAUUCAGGAUGUCCAUUGAGACGCGAGAAUGAUAGUUAUGCCAGCAGUGAAUUCAGCUCUGUAAGUAAAGUCACUACUGGUAUUGACUCAGAUCAAAGUGGCAGUAACGUGUACAAAUUCAAACACAACAUCACCAAACGCUUCUCCCAGGAAGAGAAGUACCAUCAUCCUACAUCAGCCAGUGACACAAGCUCAAGAAGCUGGCACUCUGAUGACAGCAGCAAAUCGAAAAGGAAAACGCGUCACGAGUCACAUAGCCCAAGCUCAGACGAUACAAACUAUCCACCUUCCAGCCACAGCUCGGAUGGAAUGACCAGGUGUAAAACAAGCCUAAAGAUACCUGACACCAGUAACACUCCAUUGCCAGCAUUUGUACUUCAUCCAAAGGGAACCCAUUAUAUACCAUUGUCAAUCCAUCCUUCUCAUAUUCAGAAUAUCUUUCCCAAAGAAUCAAGUAGAGAGAAUUCUGACACCAGCAUUCCCGCCUUUCAUCCCAUUAGUAUUCCAGUAAACUUUUCAGGGCCAUGUGUUUCUAUCACGAACCUGGACAUAAAACCAUCAUGCUCUAGCAGCAGUGUAGAAAUAGCAAAGGAACUCUCGGGCACAAACAGUGUAUCUGUGAUGUGUAAUUGAUUGAAGGUUCAGUAUCCUUUUGGUUACUAAUGACAGAAAGAAUCUCAAAUAGUGCUAAAGUUCAACUUCAGCUGACAAAGGUACUUCUAUUAUCACAAGUUAAUGACAUACCAGGAACCUUAUACUGGUUAACAGAUAAUUACAUACCAGGUUUCACCUGAGUUAUAUCUGUAUGUGAUUUUUUCAUACAUACCAGUCGUGAAAUUGCUUACUUUGAUCAUGGUUGCCAUUAAUUUUUUUUUGACAAAAUAAGACAUGACAAAUAUAUUAAUUUGACACACAAUUUUUUAAUUUAGUUGAUCAUUAUUUUUGUACAAAUAUUAAUGCAUUAAGUUGAAAAUGUUAAGUUGCCUAGUUCAUUUUAUUGACGAAAACUUUGACAUUUCUUAAUGUGAAAAGUUUUUAACCAGGUUUCCUUAUUUAUGAUAUCUUUUCUGUAUAUGGGCUUUUGAUACACAAUUGUCAUUACUUGUGUGAUAUAAUGGUAUUGUUAGUUUUUGUUGUGGACACAUUUUAGUAAUCAUUUAACAAGUAUAUGGCAUUGCCCAAUGAAGAAAGAAUGAAUUGCUUAAAGGAAGAUUCACAUUGGUGUCUAGAUGAAACACUUACAAUUCAGUAGUAUAGCCUUAACUCAGCGCCAUUCACAUAAUCAAAACAGCCCUCGUAUGUGCACGAAACAAUCCAGUCAUUUAUACAACAGGUGUGUACACAAAAAUACCGUCAUUUAAAAAACAGGUGUGUACACACAAAUAGUCAUUUAAAAAACAGGUGUGUACACACAAAUAGUCAUUUAUACAACAGGUGUGUACACAAAAAUACAGUCAUUUAUACAACAGGUGUGUACACAAAAAUACCAUCAUUUAAAAAACAGGUGUGUACACACAAGUACAGUCAUUUAUACUCCAGGUGUGUACACAAAAAUACAGUUGUUUAUAAAACAGAUGUGUACACACAAAUACAGUCAUUUAUAAAACAGGUGUGUACACAAAAUACAGUCAUUUAUACAACAGGUGUGUACACAAAAAUACAGUCAUUUAUAAAACAGGUGUGUGCACAAAAAUACAGUCAUUUAUACAACAGGUGUGUACACAAAAAUACCAUCAUUUAAAAAACAGGUGUGUACACACAAGUACAGUCAUUUAUACUCCAGGUGUGUACACAAAAAUACAGUUGUUUAUAAAACAGAUGUGUACACACAAAUACAGUCAUUUAUAAAACAGGUGUGUACACAAAAAUACAGUCAUUUAUACAACAGGUGUGUACACAAAAAUACCAUCAUUUAAAAAACAGGUGUGUACACACAAGUACAGUCAUUUGUACUCCAGGUGUGUACACAAAAAUACAGUUGUUUAUAAAACAGAUGUGUACACACAAAUACAGUCAUUUAUAAAACAGGUGUGUACACAAAAAUACAGUCAUUUAUACAACAGGUGUGUACACAAAAAUACAGUCAUUUAUAAAACAGGUGUGUACACAAAAAUACAGUCAUUUAUACAACAGGUGUGUACACAAAAAUACCAUCAUUUAAAAAACAGGUGUGUACACACAAGUACAGUCAUUUAUACUCCAGGUGUGUACACAAAAAUACAGUUGUUUAUAAAACAGAUGUGUACACACAAAUACAGUCAUUUAUAAAACAGGUGUGUACACAAAAAUACAGUCAUUUAUACAACAGGUGUGUACACAAAAAUACCAUCAUUUAAAAAACAGGUGUGUACACAAAAAUACAGUUGUUUAUAAAACAGAUGUGUACACACAAAUACAGUCAUUUAUAAAACAGGUGUGUACACAAAAAUACAGUCAUUUAUACAACAGGUGUGUACACAAAAAUACAGUCAUUUAUAAAACAGGUGUGUACACAAAAAUACAGUCAUUUAAAAAACAGGUGUGUACACACAAAUACACUCAUUUAUACAACAGGGGUGUACACAAAAAUACAGUCAUUUAUACAACAGGGGUGUACACAAAAAUACAGUUGUUUAUAAAACAGGUGUGUACACAAAAAAUACAAUCGUUUAUACAACAGGUGUGUACACAAAAAUACAGUCGUUUAUACAAAAAUACUGUCAUAUUGUGCCUGCAAAAAUAGUCAUGGUGCAUCCACAUAUUAUUGUGUUCUUGAAACAGUAGUCAGAGUAUGUCCACAGGAGGACAACUGGUUCCCACAGGAAGUAUUUUAUGUUGUUGUUCUUAAUUUUGUUAAGUCCAUUAUUAGAAAGGGUAUCAGAUGUAUAAGCAUUUUACAUGUCUGAACAAACCCUGUGGCACUGCGAUAUGAAUCCACCACAACCUGUAAUACAAAUUGGUGUUUUAAGGAACAUUAAUGCUCGGUGUCUGUGAUAUUGUUUAAUUGUUUGGUCAUUCAGAGAGAGUGUGCUGUUAUGAUUGGUAAUGUCUGUCUCCACAUUGACUUUAUUUUGAUGGAGGAGGAAUUACAAACACUACAUAUAUGUGAUAGAUUUAACAUUUAUAAAAUGUUAUAAAAUCUUGACAUCAUUCAUCCGUCUGUUAGAAGUAUUAUCACAUUGUUUCAUUAAACAUUUUAAGUUAUGAAUCAUAAUGAAAAAAAUUACCUGUAGUAAUUUGUAUACAUAUCGUAAAACAGCAUUUGUAUUGAGAUAUAAGUAUAUUGGGUCAAACAGUCAUAUAACCAAUUGUCAAAAUCUUUUAUCUGUCCUCAUCCACUGUUUGUAAAUUUUUUCACAUUUUCAGCUUGAGUCCCAAAGGGAUAAAUAUAUGUACAUAUAUAUGAAUAGUCUUUAAAAUUCUGCAGUUGAAGGAAUGCAACAUCUAAAGAAUAUCAACACCUUAUAGAAUAAGAAAUAAAAGUUAUCACGUCCCUGCCUCCUUUAUGUUUGAUAUCAAAGAAGGGAAUCAAACUUUAUUAGUUAUAUUGUUGUUAUUUCAUACUUCUAUCACAAUAUCAACAUAAUGAACUCAUAAUUUGCUUAUCAAAUGUAUUUGGCAUGUUGUUUAUUCUGAUCAAGAAGUUGGGGCUAUCCUAUGAUGAGGAAGUUAGGGGCUCUAUCCUAAGAUGAGGAAGUUAGGGGUUCUAUCCUAAGAUGAGGAAGUUAGGGACUCUAUCCUAAGAUGAGGAAGUUAGGGGUUCUAUCCUAAGAUGAGGAAGUUAGGGGCUCUAUCCUAAGACGAGAAAGUUAGGGAUUCUAUCCUAAGAUGAGGAAGUUAGGGGCUCUAUCCUAAGAUGAGGAAGUUAGGGGUCCCAUCCUAAGAUGAGGACUCUAUCCUAAGAUGAGGAAGUUAGGGGUUCUAUCCUUAGAUGAGGAAGUUAGGGACUCUAUCCUAAGACGAGAAAGUUAGGGAUUCUAUCCUAAGAUGAGGAAGUUAGGGGCUCUAUCCUAAGACGAGGAAGUUAGGGACUCUAUCCUAAGAUGAGGAAGUGAGGAACUCUACUCUGUGAUGAGGACGUUAGGGGUUCUAUUCUCGGAAGACGAUGACAGGUACUCUACCAGUAGAUAAGAAUGUCAGGAACUCUGCUCUAAGAUGGGAAGGUUAGGGACUUUAUUCUCAGAUGAGGAACUAGGGACUCUUCCAUAAGUGGGCGGAGUGAUAUGGCAAACAAGGGUAAUCAUCUGCCUUCUUUCCAAUUCUAAAGUUAUAUUAACAAACAAAAACAUAAAAGGGUUUUAAAUUUUGCAUUCUCUCAUGACGUUUAUUUGGUUAAUAUUUCCGUUUUUUUCAAUAUUUUUUUAGUAAUCAAGUUCUCAGUUUGAAUAAUGAAUGAUAAUUGAUAACUUACUGCAUGUGAAGUAUCAACAGUUAAGUGUUGAAUAUUGGGCAGUUUGUUGGAUUAGCAACUAUUUCUUUCAGAACCAUGGUUUGGAAGACAUUGAUAAUGUCCAAUAAUGGGACCAUACAUCUGUCCUUCUAUAUUUUCCCCAAAGAUUAUCUUUGAACAUAGAAAUAUGGAAUUCCUGAAACAUCAAAUGGUUGAACUCUGUUACAAACAAUAGUAUUUGUAGAUUGCUCAGUGAAACGAAUUCCUGAAGCAUCAAAUGGUUGAACUCUGUUACAAACAAUAGUAUUUGCAGAUUGCUCAGUGAAUCGAAUUCCUGAAGCAUCAAAUGGUUGAACUCUGUUACAAACAAUAGUAUUUGCAGAUUGCUCAGUGAAACGAAUUCCUGAAGCAUCAAAUGGUUGAACUCUGUUACAAACAAUAGUAUUUGCAGAUUGCUCAGUGAAACGAAUUCCUGAAGCAUCAAAUGGUUGAACUCUGUUACAAACAAUAGUAUUUGCAGAUUGCUCAGUGAAUCGAAUUCCUGAAGCAUCAAAUGGUUGAACUCUGUUACAAACAAUAGUAUUUGUAGAUUGCUCAGUGAAUCGAGUUUCAAAAAGUUUUGAGGUUUAAGGUGACAAGGAGAGAAUGUGAGGUCAGUUGUCAAAAUUCAUUAUACUUCCAAAAGUUAAUGAUUCAAAGUGAAUACUUUGAUAAUGUCAUGUUUCUGUACAAGCUGGUGAUGAUCGUCCUCUCCAUCUCUGUCCGAUGUACUGUAAAUUUGCUUAAUUUAGUGCUGUUUUUUAUCACAUUUCACAUGAUUAAUAAUUACUCAAUAUAAACCAUGUAUAGAAGAGACAAUUACUGCAAACAUAGUUUAGCGUAAUACUUUCAGCGAGAAAAGUACUAAAAUAUGAUUAUUGAUAAAAUUUGUACAGUAUUUGGCUGUAGAUUUUCCAACUGGAGAUGUUUUUUUUGUGCUUGAUGGAAAACAAUAUUUUGAAGGAUCAUGUAUAUAGGCUUUCAGGCUAUCAUGACUUCUAAUGAGCUAUAAGGCUAUAGAAAAAUUUGAAUACAACUUCUGUUGAUCUGUCAUUAAUUGUUAGUUGGAAGUCAGCUAACUGAACACUUUUAUCACCUUGUUUUAAAUUCAAAGUGAUAGCUUUGUUUUUUUAACUCUCGACUGUUAUGGGAUAUAAUUUAUAUACAAUGUUUAAACAUCACCCACAUGUCAUUGUUCUAGUUUUUAUAGUACUUUCAUGAUGUUUUAAGCCUGGACUUUAUAUUGUCGUUUGAUGUAAAAUGAAAUAUCCACUGUUACCAAUCGGGGGAUAUAUUACUGUUUGAUGUUAUGUAUUGCUGGAUAAAAUUUGAAAAAAAAAUGUCA